AUGGCAGACCCUGAGAUGGACCAGUUCGCACAAACUCGAGGCGCCGACGACCUAUUUGACGAUGAGAUUAUCCCGAUCUCCACGGAAGAACAGCAGGCGCAGACAGAUCUCAUUACGCCCGAGCCAGAGCCAGAGUCACAGGAGGUACAGGUACCUGAGAAGCCAGCUCCCGAGCAGCCAGUUCCACGUGGGGAGACUCCGCAGCGGGGCCGUGGCGGUGAACGAGGCCGGGGACGACGGGGUCGGGGUAAAGGAGGGCGCGGUGGACGGGAGUCAGAGCAAAAACGGUCAGAAAGCUCCCCGCGCAAAAAGACUCCUCUUAAUGCGCCUGCUGCCGAUGCGCGCGAGGCUGGUGUUUCGAAGUCAAAGCCCGAGAAGACCGACAAGACCGACAAGACCGACAAACCCGUUGAGCAUAAAGAGCCUAAGGAGAAGACCGGUCCGGUAGAAGAGGGAAAUGGUGAAGACCAGGCUGUGGAUGGCGCUGAUUCCCAGCGUGUGCCAGCUGUUCGUGGUGAUCGGAGUGCCACUGGUGGCCUGAGAAAGCCUAAACUCACUGAAGAAGAACUAUCCAAACGCAUUGCUGCAGCCAAAGAGAACGCCGUAAAGAAGGCUGCUGCUCACGCUCGCGCCGAAGCUGAUCAGGCGUCGUUCGUGGAGCGCGAGCAGGAGGCAGCGAAGAAACGUCGCGAGGAACUCGCGCACCGCCGUCAGAUGGAUAGUGAACGUGAGAGAAAUAGACAGCGGAAACUCAAGGCUCAGACGGGCCGUGAAUGGGACUCGGAGAAACGUGAGGAAGAUUAUGACCCCCGCGGUGGAGGCAGUCAAUUCCGACGCGGUAUGCAUGGUGGCGUGUCUGGCGCCGUGCGACGAGACUCUGAAGAGGCCCGCCCAGAUGAGGCUGCGGAUCACCCUGGUGGUAACCGUGGUCGUGGACGCGGUGGUCGAGGUGGGCGUGGCCGUGGAUCUCCGCGUACCCCACAGGGGGAUCGGCCACGCAAGGGCUUAGCUGACAGUAUAUUUGCAACAGAGAGCCCUGCUGCGCCAGGGCUGGAUGAUAAGAGUGCCUUCCCGGAUUUGCCUGAGGCACCCAAGAAGGCUGAGACGAAGAAGACUGAGACUAAACCUGCUUCCACGCCGGAGACUAAGGUUAAGACUGAGACUAAACCCGAGCCCAAAACUGAAACCGAAAGCGCUCCUGCGGCUUCCAAGCCACAAUCGGCAAUGGACAAAUUGGACUCUACGUUUUCACCCAUUACUGGAACUUGGGCAGACCAGUUUGAGGACGAGUGA